AUGGAACACGAUAUGGAUCCGGAACGCCAGACGAGGACCUUCACUAAGACUACAUUCACCAAGGCUAUGCAGCCCGUGCGUAUCUACAAUGAAGUAGCCGCCCUCAAACUCGUGCGGGAGAAAACCAACAUCCCCGUGCCCAAGGUCCUAGAAACGGGCGAAAGCGCGCAUGGGCCGUUCCUCACAGUGGAGCGCCUCGACGGCAUCCGGCUCGACGAUAUCCACCUGUGGUGCUGUCAAGAGCCUGUGGACGGGCGUCUUCCCGACGGGCACCAGCUUAAGAAGUGCAGCGCCUGCCAGGAGAUGGCGAACCAGAACGCCAGUACCUUCAUCCGGGAGACACCGCUCCCGCAACUCAAAGCCCUUCGGUCCAACGUCUCUGGGCUUAAUGGCACCGUCACCCCGCCGCCGUGGGUGACCGAGUACGAUCGUCGGGAGACGUGGAAGUCCAAGACAUCCAAGAUCGACGACGCGUUUGGCUUCUGUCAUGAGGACCUAGGCUCGCAGAACGUUCUAAUGGACCCCGGCACCUUGCUGGUCUCCGGCGUGGUCGACCUGGAGAAUGCUGGGUUUUACCCUGACGAAUUUGCGGACCAAUGGUCCCUGGACGUCUAUUACGACUUGUAUAGUGAUGAGGACUCACUUAGCCAGCUUGUUUCUCUGCUCGAGUAG